AUGCUGCGGAGAAAGCCCACCCGUCUGGAGCUGAAGUUGGAUGACACUGAGGAGUUCGAGAGUGUCAAGAAAGAGCUUGAGGUGAGUAGCCACACUAUCAUGAAUAAUCUAUAGUAUUUGCAGGUAUAAAAGCAUAAAAUACCAUCUUAUUAGUGUAUGAACAAUGCAGUCCCCAUGGACUUUGCAAGAAAAGCUUGAUGAUUAGCAGAACUUCCAUUUGUCUAACUACCACCCACACUUAUUUUCUCUUUCAGAGUCGGAAGAAACAGCGAGAUGAGGUGGAUGUUGUUGGCGUGGCGAUGUCGAGUGACAUGGUGGGGGCCAGUAGUGGAACAGGGGAUGGGAAGACACGGGAACAGAUGAUCAAUGAGAGAAUAGGCUACAAGCCCCAUCCUAAACCCAACACCUUGCCAUCGCUCUUUGGAAACCUGCAAUUUUAG